GAUGGGUCCUUCUUGCUGCUCCCCCCACUCCUCGUCCGGUGCCUGGCCGUAUUUUUCAAUACCAAUUACCAUUGCAGGACCCUGGCCAUUCACUCUACAGUCCUCAAGACACGUUGAUGCCCACGAUUUCGUAAGCCGAUACAUCCAUGGUCAUGUCUAUCGCUGAUGGAGAGAUUGACAUUGACAAGACGAAAGUGAUAGAUAAAAGUAGUCCAUGGAUGGCAUGUUUCCAACAACCGUCAAUGCACUUGACUUCCCCAGGUCCUCCCCGUCCACCAAUCCUUCCGAGACCCUCAAUGCACCUUUUUUACAUACAUGCAUACAGAUACAGAUUAGAAAAAGCUCUCCCACCAGCAGAAUCAACCGGUCAACCACCGGAGAGAGCCGACCAGCCGGAUCGAAUAAAGACCACCUGUUCUUUUCUAAACUCCUCGUGUUUCUCGGGUAUUCUCUACAGAUGUCGUGAUGUGGCCCACUAUGGCACGAGAGGCCGAUUGUGUUCGCAACAUAGUACAUAUGCACCAUGUAUGAGCACUGGUACAGAGGAUGUGCGUACGCUGCUUAGUGCAGUUGCCCUCGACAUUCGAGAUCCCUGAUCGAUUGCGUAGUCGUCAACGUGCACGCCGAGAAAUCUCAGACAGUUGAUCGCCCGCUCUAUCUAUCCCAAACCCGGGCUCUCCCGUGUUACAGAACAACGGUAAGAAAGUUAAGUAUCAGAUGAUGGGAGCCUUGAGGUGACAGCUUGUCUUUUUUUUGGGGAAUGGAAAGGGGGGAGAUCG